UGCAGACAAAAAAGACAACUACAGAUCCUUAAAAAAAAGAAGAUGUCUAAAUCAAGCAAAACCAGAGGAACCGUCUCCACACAAAAGAAACGGACUCAUGACGAGACAACAAAUGAAACAUUUGAUGAACUUGUUCAAACAUUAAGAGGGUUUUUUGAUCAAAGUGACGAGAAAAGAAUGAAGAUCAGAGGAGAUCUGCUAAACCUCACAGAGAAAUAUUCCUUGAACCUUCCAGAAGAAAAGAAGAUUUUCAACGACCCCAUUCAUGGUCAUAUUGAGCUGCAUCCUCUGCUGGUGAAGAUCAUUGAUACACCUCAGUUUCAGAGACUCCGUCAGAUCAAACAACUGGGAGCAGGAUACUGGGUCUAUCCUGGAGCUUCACAUAAUCGCUUUGAACACUCCAUUGGGGUGGCGUAUUUAGCAGGAUAUCUGGUUAAGAGAUUCCAAGAGAAACAGCCAGAGCUCAACAUCACCAAUCGAGACAGCCUGUGUGUCCAAACUGCUGGACUGUGCCAUGAUUUAGGUCAUGGUCCAUUCUCUCACUUGUAUGAUACCUUGUUCAUCCCAGAAGCCCAGCCUGAUUCCAAGUGGAAGCAUGAGGAUGCCUCAGUUCAAAUGCUUGAGCACUUGGUAAAAGAGAAUGGACUAAGUGAUGAGAUGAUAAAGUAUCACAUGAUUCCAGAUGAAGACCUUAAGUUUAUUAAGGAAUUGAUUCUUGGGGUGGAUACUUCAGCAGAAGAGUGGCCAGAGGACAGGGCCAGGCCGAAAAAUAAGUCUUUCCUGUACGAGAUUGUAUCAAAUAAACGGAACGGCAUUGAUGUGGACAAAUGGGACUAUUUUGCACGAGACUGUCAUCAUCUUGGCAUUUCUAAGAGCUUUGACCAUGAACGCCUGCUGAAUCUUACACGUGUGUGUGCGGUGGAAAUAGAAGAAAUUAAAGAGCAAAGGCUGUUGAUUUGCUUCAGGGACAAGGAGGCAGAUAACAUUUACGACAUGUUUCGCACUCGAUACACUCUGCAUCGCCAGGCGUAUCAGCACAAGACUGUCAAUAUCAUUGAAAUCAUGAUUAAAGAAGUCCUCUUAUUAGCCGAUGACCACUACAAGAUCUCAGCAGCCAAAGACAACAUGACAGAGUACACCAAACUCACAGAUGCUAUUUUGGAGAAGAUCUCUCACAUUGACAUUGAUUCCCUUAAGAAUGCCAAAGACAAAGUGGAGAAAAUUGUCAAAAGACACCUUCCAAAGUUUGUUGCCGAGGCCAGACUACCAGAAAAUGAAAUGUCAUCAGCAGGACAAAACAAAACUCUGCAGAAAAAACUAAAGGCUAACUGGGAUGAAGCCAUGAAAACCUGGACAAAGAAUGAUGUUGGUCCUGAUGAUUAUGUGGUUGAUGUGGUUCAUAUGGAUCAUGGCAUGAAGGGUAAAAACCCCAUUGACAAUGUGUACGUCUACAGUAAGCGGAAUCCCAAUGGAGCAUCCAAGAUAGACAAGAAAAAGAUGUCAAGUUUCCUACCCAAGGAUUUCUAUGAAAAGCUCGUGAGAGUGUACUAUCGCGGCACUGAUGCGAUCAUAGAGACAGCUCAGAAGUGCUUUGACAAUUGGAGUGAAAACAAUUUUGGACUCUAAAAAUGAGGAUACAUCCCCAGAAGAGCAAACCUCCUAAUGUGAAGAUCGGCAUCCUCAUGUUAGUAAUAUUAAUUAGAAGAAGCAACUGAAUGAAAAAGACCCUAGUGCUAACAUUACAUAACUUUACCUUUUUCUUGUGCAUGCAGAUUUGUUUUAAGAUGAAUAGAUCAGAUUGGUUUCAUUAGUAUAUACUGUAGAUUUAUUAUCCAUCUUAGUACAGCUUUAGUAAAGAGUGUUUAAUGGUUGUUUUAUGUAAUAGGGAAUAAUGUUGGGCUCAGGUGUAUUUUUCGAAUAGUACUGUGUGUUCUCUUGGUAUAUAUAUAUAUAUAUAAAGUCAGAAAUAUAAAGAGGCAGACACACAAAAACAAGACAGAAACAUCUGGAACACAUUCAAUAUACUUUGUGUAAUUCUACAAAAAUCACAAUAUUAUUUUUCAUAUUGUUCAGUAUCGAUAUUUAUCACGAUAUACAUUCACAUUUGCACAUUGCACUUUAUUUUAUUUUAUUUUAUUUUUUUUUUCAAGUUGGCAGAAGAAAAGAACAGAAAAAAAAAUCCUAAACAGUCAAAAAAGUCUCUACAAAACUGCAUUGUGGGCCCAGAGACAGCCAAAGCAGUGGGGUCUGAGGAAUCUUUACCAAAAUAUUAAAAUAUUUUAUAGAGUUUAUCAAUCGAGUGCAGUUGGAUAUGAAUGUUAAAAUAUAAUCUGUUAGUUUUGAAGCAUAAUAACAGCAGUCCAGUAUUUGUUUGAAUAGUUUUGCAUUUAAAUUAUAUAUAUAUGUUUUACAUUCAGAUAUCCAAGUAUGGGGGCGUAGAAGCCCUUGUGACUGACGAAUGAUCUGUAUGGGGGUUCAGGGGUAUCCUCUGAGAGAACAUUUAGAAAACGUCUGAAUGGACCAUUUUUAUAUUUUUAUUAAAGUGAGAAAAACUAGUAAUUUUAUUGUCUUUCCUUGUCAUUCAAGCCAGAGAUGAUGACAUCUGAUUAAUUUUCACAAUAUUAGAACAGAAAUCUAUUUGUUUAUUAUUAAAGGCUCGUAAUACGCCGAUAAAGCUUAAUUUAGAAGGAAAAAGGGUUAUGGACUAAAGGCGCUCUGGAACCAUGUUAACUUAUGCGGCACCUCAUGUCUACUCACAUGCGGGGGAAAGAGGUGUGCGGAGCGGGACAGGGCAUAAAUGAAGCGUGUUUGGUGCUAGAGAAAAAUCUCCAAGAAUACAGCGCAGAAAGAUCAGAUCUGGUGUACGCAGCACUGUUGUUUUUCACGCUGCUCACUAGAGAAGAUGAGAGGACGCAACCGUCAUCAUGAAGUCUUGCAGUGCAGCUGGAAUCAAUCUGGGGUCCGGUGUCAGGUUUUUCAUCAGGCAUUAUAAACGGCUACCCCCUGGAGACCCGAUUUUCAGAGUGGACUCGAUUGCUUACGACACACACACAUACGAAGCCACCCAUCACUUCCUUUGAAAUACAAGUGAAGCGCAAGAGAGGAAACAGCCAUUAGAACACUUUCCUUUAGCAGCUGGGCUGAUGGGACUUGUAGUCCAAAACAACGUCACCUUACAUAAAUGAGAAGCCUUAUGGCAGGGACAAAGACUUUUGCAGGAUUUUACGAAAUAAACAAAUGGGUCUGCUUUAUAUUAGGUGUCUUUAACUACUAUGUUCUUACAAUAAAAUACAUACAAUACAAUGUGUUUAUUGUGUAACUACAUGUUGUUCUGCAAAAUUCUCACAAGAUUCACAUUUACUGCUACUGAGGUUAAGGUACGGGUAGGUUAAGGGUCAAUGUUAGGUUGAGGAUUAGUGGUGAGGAUAACAGUGUAACUAUGGACAGUACAAAGUAGUUAAAGAUUGAGCAAUGUUCUUAUAUAAUAGUUCACCUAAAAAUGACAAUUUCUGUCAUCAUUUACUCACCCUUGUCGUUCAAAACCAGUAUGACUUUUUCAUCCAUGAAACACUGUUAUAAUGUGUUGUUGUAAUGUGUUGACACAGGUACUCAUGCUUUGUAAAUAAACAAAUAAUAUGAUA